UCCGGGGCGUGCCGCCGCCGUCGCUGCCGCCUCCGCUACCGCUAGUGGAAGAAGAUGGCGGAAGGCGGAGCGGCGGACCUAGACACCCAGCGAUCUGACAUCGCGACGCUGCUCAAAACCUCGCUCCGGAAAGGGGACACCUGGUACUUAGUAGAUAGUCGCUGGUUCAAACAGUGGAAGAAAUAUGUUGGCUUUGACAGUUGGGAUAAAUACCAGAUGGGAGAUCAAAAUGUCUAUCCUGGACCCAUUGAUAACUCUGGACUACUCAAAGAUGGCGAUGCCCAGUCACUUAAAGAGCACCUUAUUGAUGAGUUGGAUUACAUACUGCUGCCAACCGAGGGCUGGAAUAAACUUGUCAGCUGGUACACAUUGAUGGAGGGCCAAGAGCCAAUAGCAAGAAAGGUGGUAGAACAGGGUAUGUUUGUAAAGCACUGCAAAGUGGAAGUGUAUCUCACAGAACUGAAGCUCUGUGAGAAUGGAAACAUGAACAAUGUUGUCACUCGGCGAUUUAGCAAAGCUGACACAAUAGAUACAAUUGAAAAGGAAAUAAGAAAAAUCUUCAAUAUUCCAGAUGAGAAGGAGACUAGAUUGUGGAACAAGUAUAUGAGUAAUACAUUUGAGCCGCUGAAUAAACCAGAUAGCACCAUUCAGGAUGCUGGCUUAUAUCAAGGACAGGUGUUAGUGAUAGAACAAAAAAAUGAAGAUGGAACGUGGCCAAGGGGUCCUUCUGCUCCUAAGUCCCCAGGUGCAUCCAAUUUUUCAGCUUUACCAAAGAUCUCUCCUUCAUCUCUAUCAAAUAAUUAUAACAACAUCAACAACAGAAAUGUGAAAAACUCAAAUUACUGUCUCCCAUCAUAUACUGCUUAUAAGAACUAUGAUUAUUCAGAACCUGGAAGAAACAAUGAACAACCAGGCCUCUGUGGCUUAAGUAACUUGGGAAAUACAUGUUUCAUGAACUCAGCCAUUCAGUGUUUGAGCAACACACCUCCACUUACUGAAUAUUUCCUCAAUGAUAAGUACCAAGAAGAACUGAAUUUUGACAAUCCCUUAGGAAUGAGAGGUGAAAUAGCUAAAUCAUAUGCUGAACUGAUCAAGCAGAUGUGGUCUGGAAAAUUUAGCUACGUCACUCCUAGAGCAUUUAAGACACAGGUAGGACGAUUUGCACCUCAGUUCUCUGGAUAUCAGCAGCAAGACUGCCAAGAACUAUUAGCUUUCUUAUUAGAUGGAUUACAUGAGGAUUUGAAUAGAAUUAGGAAAAAACCAUAUAUACAGUUAAAAGAUGCUGAUGGCAGGCCGGAUAAGGUGGUUGCUGAAGAAGCCUGGGAAAACCAUUUGAAAAGAAAUGAUUCUAUCAUAGUAGAUAUAUUUCAUGGCCUUUUCAAAUCUACUUUAGUGUGUCCUGAGUGUGCUAAGAUCUCAGUAACCUUUGACCCUUUUUGCUACUUGACACUUCCAUUGCCCAUGAAAAAAGAACGUAGCUUGGAAGUUUAUUUAGUUAGAAUGGAUCCACUUACUAAACCUAUGCAAUACAAAGUUAUUGUGCCCAAAAUUGGAAAUAUACUAGAUCUUUGUACAGCAUUGUCUGCUUUGUCAGGAGUGCCUGCAGAUAAGAUGAUAGUCACUGACAUAUACAAUCAUAGAUUUCACAGGAUAUUUGCCAUGGAUGAGAAUCUCAGUAGUAUUAUGGAGCGGGAUGACAUUUACGUGUUUGAAAUUAACAUCAACAGGACAGAAGACACAGAACAUGUGGUUAUUCCUGUUUGCCUAAGAGAAAAAUUCAGACACUCAAGUUAUACCCACCAUACUGGCUCUUCACUGUUUGGUCAGCCUUUUCUUAUGGCUGUACCACGAAACAAUACUGAAGAUAAACUCUAUAAUCUUCUACUCUUGAGAAUGUGCCGGUAUGUCAAGAUGUCUACUGAAACUGAAGAAACUGAUGGACCCCUGCGUUGCUGUGAGGACCAGAAUAUUAAUGGGAACGGCCCAAAUGGCAUACAUGAAGAAGGCUCACCAAGUGAGAUGGAGACAGAUGAACCAGAUGAUGAGUCCAGCCAGGAUCAAGAACUUCCUUCAGAGAAUGACAACAGUCAGUCUGAAGAUUCGGUUGGAGGAGACAACGAUUCUGAAAAUGGAUUGUGUACUGAAGAAACUUGCAAAGGUCAACUCACGGGACACAAAAAGCGAUUGUUUACAUUCCAGUUCAUCAAUUUAGGCAACACUGAUAUCAACUACAUCAAAGAUGACACCAGGCAUAUAAGAUUUGAUGAUAGGCAGCUUCGGCUAGAUGAAAGAUCUUUUCUGGCUUUGGACUGGGAUCCUGAUUUGAAAAAGAGAUACUUUGAUGAGAAUGCUGCCGAGGAUUUUGAAAAACAUGAAAGUGUGGAAUAUAAACCUCCAAAAAAACCCUUCGUGAAAUUGAAAGACUGCAUUGAGCUCUUUACAACAAAAGAAAAACUCGGUGCUGAAGACCCCUGGUAUUGUCCAAAUUGUAAAGAACAUCAGCAAGCCACAAAGAAGUUAGAUUUAUGGUCCCUGCCUCCAGUGCUUGUGGUGCACCUCAAACGAUUUUCCUAUAGUCGCUACAUGAGAGACAAGUUAGAUACGCUAGUCGAUUUUCCCAUCAGUGACUUGGAUAUGUCAGAAUUCCUGAUUAAUCCAAACGCAGGCCCUUGCCGCUAUAAUUUGAUUGCUGUUUCCAACCACUAUGGAGGGAUGGGAGGUGGACAUUAUACUGCUUUUGCAAAAAAUAAAGAUGAUGGAAAGUGGUACUAUUUUGAUGACAGUAGUGUCUCCACUGCGUCUGAAGACCAAAUUGUGUCCAAAGCAGCAUACGUGCUCUUCUACCAGAGACAAGACACUUUCAGCGGAACUGGCUUCUUCCCUCUUGACCGAGAAACUAAAGGUGCUUCAGCUGCCACAGGUAUCCCCCUGGAAAGUGACGAAGACAGCAAUGAUAAUGACAAUGACAUAGAAAAUGAAAACUGUAUGCACACUAAUUAAUGAAAGUCCGAGAAGCCAUAAAGAGAGACUUUCCUGCUGGUGGUGUCUAUGGAAAUGAAGUGAUCCACCACAUUAAAACAGAGUCUGAGAUGAGGCGUUUCAGAUAACCGAAUGUAAAUCCUUUAUCAGAUUUUAACUUGUGCAGUACUUGAAGUGAAACACAAUGAAAACUUUAACAGAAAUUGUCUCUGAAUACAUCUACGGUCUUGUAUUUACAAGCUAAAUAUAUAUAGGAAAUCACAAAUAAAUCCCUUUUAA